AUGGCCAAAGAGCAGGUGGCAUGUGGCUUCUACGCAGGCCCCGAACGCCCCUUGUUCCUGUCCUCUAAAUGGCUGCGUUCAGCAGCACCCGAGGGCACUGCUCCCAUCCUGUGGCAGCAGGCAGGAAGUUUUCCCCUUUUCCUUGACCUAAUUCUGCUUUUUGUGUCCUUCCACAGGUUCCCCAACACAACUCACGAAGUUUUCAAUGUCACCCUCCACACCAGCCUGGUUGUCACUACAAAACUGGUGCUCCCGACCCCUGCCAGGCCCAUCCUCCCUGUGCAGACCGGGGAGCAGGCUCAGCAGGAGGAGCAGUCCAGUGGCAUGACUAUCUUCUUCACCCUCCUUGUCCUAGCUAUCUGCAUCAUAUUGGUGCAUUUACUGAUUCGAUACAGAUUACAUUUCUUGCCAGAGAGUGUUGCUGUUGUUUCUUUAGGUAUUCUCAUGGGAGCAGUUAUAAAAAUUAUAGAGUUUAAAAAACUCGCAAAUUGGAAGGAAGAAGAAAUGUUUCGUCCAAAUAUGUUUUUCCUUCUAUUGCUUCCACCUAUUAUAUUUGAGUCAGGAUAUUCACUACACAAGGGUAACUUCUUUCAAAAUAUUGGUUCCAUCACCUUGUUUUCUGUUUUUGGUACAGCAAUUUCUGCUUUUGUAGUAGGUGGAGGAAUUUAUUUUCUGGGUCAGGCUGAUGUAAUCUCUAAACUCAACAUGACAGACAGUUUUGCAUUUGGCUCCCUAAUUUCUGCUGUCGAUCCAGUGGCUACUAUUGCCAUUUUCAAUGCACUCCACGUAGACCCAGUGCUCAACAUGCUGGUUUUUGGGGAGAGUAUUCUCAACGAUGCAGUCUCCAUCGUCUUGACCAACACAGCUGAAGGUUUAACAAGAAAAAAUAUGUCAGAUGUCAGUGGGUGGCAAACAUUUUUACAAGCCCUUGGCUACUUCCUCAAAAUGUUCUUUGGCUCAGCAGCACUCGGCACUCUCACUGGCUUAAUCUCUGCAUUAGUGCUGAAGCAUAUUGACUUGAGGAAAACGCCUUCCUUGGAGUUCGGCAUGAUGAUCAUUUUUGCGUAUCUUCCUUAUGGGCUUGCGGAAGGAAUCUCACUCUCGGGCAUCAUGGCCAUCCUGUUCUCAGGCAUUGUGAUGUCCCACUAUACGCACCAUAACCUGUCCCCGGUCACCCAGAUCCUCAUGCAGCAGACCCUCCGGACCGUGGCCUUCUUGUGCGAAACAUGUGUGUUUGCAUUUCUUGGCCUGUCCAUUUUUAGUUUCCCUCACAAGUUUGAAAUUUCCUUUGUCGUCUGGUGCAUAGUGCUUGUACUGUUUGGCAGAGCAGUGAAUAUUUUCCCUCUUUCCUACCUUCUGAAUUUCUUCCGUGAUCAUAAAAUCACACCGAAGAUGAUGUUCAUCAUGUGGUUUAGUGGCUUGCGGGGUGCCAUCCCCUAUGCCCUGAGCCUGCACCUGGACCUGGAGCCCAUGGAGAAGCGGCAGCUCAUCGGCACCACCACCAUCAUCAUCGUGCUCUUCACCAUCCUCCUGCUGGGCGGCAGCACCAUGCCCCUCAUCCGCCUCAUGGACAUCGAGGACGCCAAGGCGCGUCGCCGGAACAAGAAGGAUGUCAACCUCAGCAAGACAGAGAAGAUGGGCAACACAGUGGAGUCGGAGCACUUGUCGGAGCUCACCGAGGAGGAGUAUGAAGCCCACUACAUCAGGCGGCAGGACCUCAAAGGCUUCCUGUGGUUGGAUGUCAAGUACCUGAACCCCUUCUUCACACGGCGGCUGACCCAGGAGGACCUCCACCACGGGCGCAUCCAGAUGAAAACCCUCACCAACAAGUGGUACGAGGAGGUGCGCCAGGGCCCCUCGGGCUCUGAGGACGAGGAGCAGGAGCUGCUGUGACCAAGCAGGGCCUCCCCACAUCCCUGGGAUGGACACCCAGCAAGGGCCCUGAGGUGCGUGCAUUUGGCAGCCUCUUCAGGAAGAUGAAAGCAGGGUGGAGCCAAGAUGCUGCCUUCUUUACCCGGACCAUCCAGGCCAGCUGGCUUCUUCUGAAACAUGUCAUCUCCCACUCCUCACCCAGCCAGACCUCUGCUCACAGCGUCACGUCCAGCCUGCAGAUUAGAUGGAAACCUGUCCAGGUAAAUGUUUCCUUUUGCUUCUGCAGCCAAGGCAGACAGUCAUCUGUCCAUCCCAGGUGCCUGCGAGGAGGAAUCCUGUUGUGGCAGCUGCUGUGACUGGGUACCCUAGGGGCACGCAGAGCCAGGAGCCAGCUGCCAGUUUCCUUAUCAUCAUCAAGGUGCCUUGGGCCUCAGCAUCAGCAGUUCUGACCUACGUGGCAGGCCCAGAAACCUUGGAAACCUCACACUCCCCUUUGUGAUGUUGCUUGCACACCCUGAGAAAGAAAAACAGUGACCUUUUUCUUCUUUACCUCUGACUGGCACCUCGAAGGCUGUCUCCCUGGGUGACAGGCAGCCACUGCCUUCUCUGGGAAUACUGUGAAUGUUUACGCUGGUAACCAGCACGUAGGCACAGGCCUUUCUUUGGAGCCCCUCUGGAAGCUGCAUCGCUGGUUUUGGGGUGAGUGGGCCUAUUUUGUGGUGUCAGAGCGCCCUCUAGAGGACAAAUCUAGCAGUACAGUGCUUAGGCAGGCCAGCAACUUCUGAAUUUAGUUUAAAUUCAUGCACUUGAACAAAGUGAUGUGUCCAGAGACCCCUUUUCUUGGGCUCCAUGGGGUCUGCCCACCAUUUACUUGCUGCCACCUUCACAGCUAAUCAGCAUUUCCUCUUCCCAAGUCUCUACUGUUUGGGGUCCCACUUGUCCUCCAUGCCAGGGUCCCAGUUCGCCCAAGCAUGGCCUGCAUUCACAUGCAUCCGAUCCCCACCUAAAAUCCCCAAGCAGCCACUGGGACCCGAGGACCUGUUCCUCCCAUCUGUCAGAGUGCUUACACUCUCGUACACAUACCCCGCCCUGACUUCAUGGGCCUGGCCCCCGGGCCUCUGAGGGCAAGGAGCUGCCAAUCAUGUCCAGAUGAUAUGGAGUUAGUGACUCUCACAUCCACUCCUCACCUACCCUAAUUUAACAAGCCUCGUGCCUGCUUGCCAUUGCCCAUCUAUGGGCUGUUUGGGCAUUUCCAUGUGUGGCUCAGGGUCCCAGCCGGAGCUGGGACUUAGCACCCUCUGGGUGAUUUAACUCAUCAUGUGCAUGUGCUUGGUUCUCUGUGGGGACCCAGUAGGCCAACAUGGGCCCUGGCUGGCAGCACAUAUGUGUCCAUCUCUUCUGCCUCAGGCACAUGGCCCUGGGCGUCAGGAAGGACUGACCUUGGGGCCCUUAGGACUCAUGUCCAGCCCUCAGGCCAGGCCCCUUUCCUGACGCCUUCCCUUGCCCCAGAAGUGCAAGUUGUAAGGCCAGCCAGGCAGGAAGCACGAGGUGUCCUUUUUAUGCAUGAAAAGUAAAAAUGUACUUUAUAGAGCUAAAAUAUGAGCAUUUUUGUUUUUGUAAUUUCCCCCCUUAACCCAAUAAUUUGAGCCAAACAGGAUUCUUUUACUCCACCUGAUACUCCCACUGGAGGAGUAAUAUGUGCAUAAUUUUCUUACUUCCUUUUAGUGGAAAAGUAAGAGAAGAGGUCAAAGAGGGAGAGACCUUAGUCCAUAUGAGAUGGGGGGAUAGGCAGGGAUCAUAUUGUUCUCUCAUCCCUCAACUCACAAGUAAUUUACUUUCUGCCCUAAAACUCAGGGUCCGAUCUCAGAGGUGGAAGUCGCAUUGCAAACUCAGUAUCUUGCCAGGAAAAAAAUUUUUUUAGUUCAUAGAGUAAGCAAUGAAAAUAGGUCCUUUUCCAUUCAGACUGCUUCUUGCCACCAGGUCCUGCCUGGCCUCCCACUUUUAGCCGAGACCUGAAAAUGACACUACGGUAGAGAAGUAUGUGGGGGAGUUGGUGGAAGGUCCCCAAGGCUUGGCUAUGGGGUCUGGAGCACCUUUCCUGGCAGGUCCCAGCACGAGUCUGGAUCUCCUGUGGGCCGCUUCUGUUCCUCAGCAGUCUGGCUGGUUGGCUAGUCACCUUUGGAACAGGCAAACGCCCACAAAGAGGCAUUUUUCUGGUGGUUUUUCCACAUGUCUUUGCCUGAGAAUAAAAAAUUGCUUCUGUCUACCUUUAGCAUAUCUAAUAAUUAUAUUAUUUGGUGUAAUAAAUGCCUAGAUUUUAAAAAUCCAGCAUAA